AUGGCCGGCCACUCCGCCUCUGCUUCUUCUGUCUCCGAAGAAAGGCUGCAUGCCUGGAGCUUGCAGUAUAUACGUUUGAAAGCCACCGUGGUGCUCAUGCGGACCCUGAUGUACUCGCUCAAGUCUCUGCAUCCCCUCAUUCGCGGCCCUCAACCUGCCUUGCCCCAUGCAUUUGAACGUCAAGAGGUCAAUCUUCCUUCCCGUCAGAGCGGACGUACCAUCAAGGCGCACAUCUAUCGAUCCAAACAUGUCGCCCCCACUUCCGACGGCGACCUCGCUCCUCUGCCUGUCCACAUCUCCUGGCACGGCUCCGGUUUCGUUCUGCCAAAUCUCGGCGAGGACUAUGGCUUUGUCGCCCAUGUCCUCCGGAAGCUCGGUCCCAACUGCAUCUUUGUCGACGCAGACUAUCGCAAGGCUCCCGAGCAUCCUUUCCCAGCAGCUAGUCACGACGCUCAGGAUGUAGUCAACUACGUUCUAUCUCAGCCAAAAGUGUACGAUGCCGACCGAAUCACACUCGGUGGCGUCUCGGCAGGUGGCAAUCUUGCUCUCGUCGUCGGCGCUCAGCUCGGCCCGCAGCGCAUUGCUGGUGUCGCUGCGCUGUACUCGGCAGUCGAUUUCACCAUCAAACCCGGCACACGCCCUCUGCCCACCAAAGACCGGCCCGACAGCGGCUUCCCUCUGCCAACCUGGAUGAGCCACAUCUUUGUCGACUCCUACUUUGUUCGCGAAGAGGACAAGAGCCAUCCACUCUGUAGCGUCUACUACGUCGAUGCCGCCCGCUUCCCUCCCCUCCUCCUUGCAUCUGGUCAGGUCGACUACCUCCAUGCUGCCUCCGAAAAGCUCGUCCGCAAACUUACAGAUGCGGGCAGGACAGACGCACGCUUCAUCAGUGUCGAAAAGGAAGGCCACGGCUUCGACAAGAUUCCAAGAGGACCAGCAUCCGUUAAGCGCAGAGACUACGUGUACGACGAGUUCGCCGACUUUAUACAACAAUCCUGGUCAAAGACAUCAGCGCCUCGUAAAGCUCAACUCUAG